CAUGGACUACGAAUCCAUGUUGAAAAACUACGACUCCCAUAAUGCACUUGUUGACAGUAACCGGAAGUACUGUAUACGGAGUCCACGCGCUGUUGUGUUUGAAAAUCAUGCGCUUGGAGCAGACUGGGCCUUGCUGCUGUCAUGUACCCGACGCCCCUGUACGCUCCGGCAGGCCACGGUGCUUUCACAGACGUGUACGAACCGGCCGAUGACUCGUUCCUGCUGAUGGACGCUCUGGAGAAAGAUGCCGAGCAGCUGAAGGGAAGCAGGCCGUCUGUGUGUCUGGAGGUGGGCUGCGGGUCUGGAGUCGUCUCGGCUUUCCUCGCGUCUGUGCUCGGGCCUGAAGCGCUGUAUCUCUGCACUGAUGUGAAUCCAGCGGCUGCGCAGUGCACACUGCAGACGGCUCGGUGCAAUCACCUGCAGCUGCAGCCAGUCAUCACCGACCUGGUUCAGUGUCUUCUGCCGAGGUUAAAUGGAAAAGUGGACGUGCUUGUUUUCAAUCCGCCGUACGUCGUCACUCCAUCAGACGAGGUGGGCAGUCGCGGGAUCGAGGCCUCAUGGGCCGGCGGGAUCCGCGGUCGAGAGGUGAUGGAUCGAGUCUUUCCCGUGAUUCCUCAGCUGCUGUCAGAUCACGGCCUGUUUUACCUGGUGACCGUGUCAGAGAACGACCCAGAAGAGAUCGUGGAUGUGUUGAGUAAAUCAGGACUGAACGGAGAGCUGUGUUUGACUCGUCAGGCUGGACACGAGAGACUCUCUAUACUGCGCUUCACUAAAUCCUGACAGUUGUUACACAAACCCAGCUGAAGUCUGCUGGAGCUCAACAACUGGGUCACUAGAAGCUAGUUAGUGAGCAGCACGUGUUCACUAGCGAGGGCUAAACGCUCUUACUGACCCGCACUGAGAUCCAGAGCGCAUGCCACUGUCGUCAGUCACUAUAUUAAACAUGAUUUUUUCAUAAAAUGUCAAUUUUAUACAAAC